AUGUCGGUCACCGUCGCCGAGCUUGACGCGACCGUCAAAGCUUUUCAAGAGGGUCAUGGCGACAUCCAAAAGCAGGCCCAACAGAAGCUCAAUGAAUUCAAGUCAAAUCCCGACGCAUGGUUGAUGGUCGACAGGAUACUGCAAGAGGCGACAUACGUGCCCACCAAAUAUCUGGGAUUGCAGGUGCUGGACGAUGUGGUAAAUACUCGAUGGAAGGUUCUCCCGCGAGACCAAUGUUUGGGCAUCCGCAACUUUGUGGUCAAUCAAAUCUUGCAGGCUUCCGACACCGAGGAGAAGCUCAAGGCGAACAAGCUCUUUCUCAACAAGUUGGAUUUGACGCUGGUCACGAUCCUCAAGCAAGAAUGGCCCCAGAAUUGGCCGACAUUCAUCAACGAGAUCAUCUCCGCCUGCCACACCGGCAUCUCUGUGUGUGAGAACAACAUGACCAUCUUGCGGCUGCUAUCUGAAGAGGUAUUCGACUUCUCCCAGGACCAGAUGACCUCCACAAAGGCGAGAAACCUGAAAACCACCAUGUGCGCCGAAUUCUCGUCCAUCUUCCAACUCUGCAAUGAAAUCCUGACCACCGCCGACUCCGUAAGCUUGGUCAAGGCCACGCUCGAGACGCUCCUCCGGUUCCUGAACUGGAUUCCCCUUGGAUUCAUCUUCGAAACCAAGCUCAUCGACACCCUCGUCACACGGUUCCUCGAAGUUGAUCAAUUUCGCAAUAUCACCCUCAAAUGCUUGACGGAAAUCGGUGGCUUGCAGUUGGGACAGCAAUAUCAGUACGAUGACAAGCUCGUUCAAAUGUUCACCGAAACUUUGACUGUCGUUGCAAGAACUCUCUCGCUUGACACAGAUUUCCGAGAGGCAUAUGCCAAAGCCAAGGCUUCAGAACAAGAAUAUAUCCUGAACCUCGCAAUCUUUCUCACCAACUACUUUUCCGCACAUCUUCAAACGAUCGAAAGACUACCCAACUCCGACUAUUUGCUGCACGGCCAUUUCUACCUCAUCAAGAUCAGCCUGAUCGACGACAGAGAAAUCUUCAAGAUCUGUCUGGAAUACUGGAACAAGUUGGUCCAAGAAUUGUACGAAGAAAUGCAACAGCUCCCACUCACGGAGCUCAAUACUUUGUCCACCAUCAACGUCACCGGGCUCGCUAACGGCGGCGCGCCUCAUCCAAGCACCCUGGCCAAUUACCCUCUCCGCAAACACAAGUAUUCCCAAGUGUUGUCCAGUCUGCGACAGGUCAUAGUGGAGAAGAUGGUCCGGCCUGAGGAAGUCCUCAUCGUGGAAAAUGACGAGGGAGAGAUUGUGCGGGAAUUCGUCAAGGAGAGCGACACGAUUCAGCUGUACAAGACCACCCGCGAAUGCCUGGUCUAUCUGACGCACUUGGACGUUGUCGACACCGAGCAAAUCAUGUCUGACAAGCUUCAACGACAAGUCGACGGGUCGGAGUGGUCGUGGAACAACUGCAAUACUCUCUGCUGGGCCAUCGGCUCAAUAUCAGGGGCCAUGUCCGAAGAGACCGAGAAGCGUUUCUUGGUGACGGUCAUCAAGGACUUGCUUGGGUUGACGGAGAUGAAGCGUGGCAAAGACAACAAAGCCGUCGUGGCCAGCAACAUCAUGUACAUUGUGGGCCAGUAUCCACGUUUCCUGAAGGCGCACUGGAAGUUCCUGAAGACCGUGGUGAACAAGCUCUUUGAGUUUAUGCACGAAACCCACGAAGGCGUCCAAGACAUGGCUUGCGACACGUUCAUCAAGAUUGCCAACAAGUGCAAGCGCCAUUUCGUAGCUCUGCAGCCCGGUGAGACCGAGCCUUUCAUCGAUGAGAUUGUGCGUAAUAUGCGCAGGAUCACCUGUGAUUUGACCCCGCAACAGAUUCACACCUUUUACGAAGCGUGUGGAUAUAUGAUCUCAGCCCAAGGCCAGAAGAGCGUGCAAGACCGACUGAUCAGCGACCUCAUGUCUUAUCCCAACCAAGCCUGGGACAAUGUCAUUCAGCAAGCGAACGCCAAUCCCGCAAUCCUCCACGACCCUGAGAUCAUCAAGAUCGUGGGAAACAUUAUGAAGACCAACGUCGCAGCGUGCUCGUCGAUCGGCAGCUACUUCUACUCUCAGAUCGGCCGCAUUUACCAUGACAUGCUCAAUAUGUACCGGGCUUCAAGCCAGCUGAUUUCCGAUGCUGUCGCUUCUGGAGGCAACGUCCAGACAAAGACGCCCAAGGUCCGAGGCCUGCGCACCAUCAAGAAAGAGAUUUUGAAACUGGUCGACAUCUACGUCCAAAAGGCGGACGACCUGCAAAUGGUCAAUGAUAGCAUGGUUCCGCCACUCCUCGAUGCCAUCUUGCUCGACUAUCAGCGUAACGUUCCAGACGCCCGGGAUGCGGAAGUCCUCAGCGUGACCACCACGAUCAUUCACAAGCUACAUAACCUUAUGGAUGACAAAAUUGGCCCGAUCAUGGACAGCAUCUUCGAAUGUACGCUGGAGAUGAUCAACAAAGAUUUCCACGAAUAUCCCGAAUUCCGAGUCGAAUUUUUCAAGUUACUUCAGGCUAUCAACCUGUUUUGCUUCCCGGCGUUGCUCAAAUUGGACGGUCGACAGUUCAAGUUCGUCAUUGAUUCUUGCAUGUGGGCCAGCAAACACGAUAACCGCGAGGUCGAGAAUACAGGCUUGUCCAUGUGUCUGGAGCUCAUCAACAACAUGGCCGACACGGACCCUCAGACGGCAGGCAUCUUCUUCCAACAAUUCUACAUCUCCAUCCUGCAGGACGUUUUCUUCGUCCUCACCGAUUCGGACCACAAGGCCGGCUUCAAAUCUCAGUGCAUGUUGCUGGCUCGGAUGUUCCAGCUGGUGGAGACCAACAAGAUUUCGCAGCCGCUGUAUCAACCCGACCAGGCCGCUCCCGGGACGUCCAACAAGCAGUUUGUCAGUGACUUCACCUCCAAUCUACUGCAGCGCGCUUUUCCCAAUCUUAAGGAGAUCCAGGUCCAGCAUUUUGUGACGGGUCUCUUCGCCCUCAACGAAGACGCCACGAAAUUUAAGACGCACGUGCGUGACUUUUUGAUCUCGCUCAAGGAAUUUGCUGGCGACAAUGCCGAACUGUACGCCGAAGAACGUGAACAAGAAAAGAAGAUCCUGGCGGACGCGGAACGAGAGCGGGCUCUCAAGGUCGGUGGACUGAUCAAGCCGGCCGACCUGGACCAGGACGAUGAGCUGUGA